AUGAGUGAGCCCAAGCCAACUCUUUAUGAUAUUAUUGGGGUCCCUCCAACAGCAACACUUGAAGAAAUCAAGAGGGCAUACCGUAAAAGAGCAAUGGAACUUCAUCCCGACAGAAAUCAAGAUGAUCCAGAUGCAACCGCGAAGUUCCAGCAGCUUAGCGAAGCAUACGAAAUCUUAAAGGAUCCAGCAAUGAGAGAAAGGUAUGAUAAAUUCGGAUCUACGACUGAUGAACCGACUAAUCCAGAUGAUGCAGAAAUGCUUGAGACAAUCAUGCAAAUCAUGGGUCUUGGAAGAAGCAGAGGCAUGCCAAAAGGUGAUAAAGUUUCGCCAAGCUAUCGAAUUCUCAAAAUUCCAUUAUCGCGAGCUUACACAGGCGGUGUUGUCCAUGAAUCUUACAAGUUUAAUACAGUUUGUCCAAUUUGCCAUGGUACUGGCUCCAAUGAUGGCAAAGAAUACCCAAUUUGUCCAACAUGCAACGGAGCUGGUUCUCUUUCACCAGGAGGACUUCAAUUCCUAUUCCCUUGCGAAGCAUGUGAUAGCGUUGGCUACUUAUGCCCACGCGAAUGCCGCUGCUACAAUUGCUUAGGAAGAAAAUUAGUUCGUCAAAGAAAAUCAUUCGAUGUAAAGAUCGAAAUAGGAUGCGACGAUCAAGAUGAUAUUGUCAUACCAUCAGCCGGUGAUGAAUAUCCUGGCAAAGAAACAGCAGAUCUCCAUUUAAUCGUACAAAUCAAACCAAGUUCCAACUGGGCACGCGAUGGCGAUGAUCUUUACUAUCUCAAGAAUCUCUCGAUUUACGAACAAAAGCACGGAACUGCUUUUACGAUCCAUCAUUUGGAUGGUCGCGAAUUAGAAGUUUACACACAGCCAGAAGUACCACCAGAUCUCUCUAGAAUCAAAUGGAUUCCUAAUGAAGGUAUGCCAUGCCGCGGAAACGUUCAAUUUAAAGGUAAUUUGUACAUUUACUUCGAAAAAGGAUUCCCAGAGCCAAUUCAUGAAGGAAUCAGAACUUUGAAGCAUUUCUUCAACGUAAAAUUUGGUUCAAAGAUAUUUUUACAAGAUGCUCCUGAUGAGAAACAGAAAGAAUACCAAGAACACUUGCAAAGGCUACAGGAAGAAAGAGAAGAAGCAAUGAGACAAGCAAAAGAAGCUUGGGAUCAGUUGGUUCACGGAAAUAAACAAAAUCCUGAUCAAAAACCUGAUGAUAAUAACCAGGGUCAACAACCACAACAAACUAUUCAAUAA